GGCUCCACUGUGUCCGUAGAAAGGAGAGCGGCAGCUAUCUGGUCGUCCCAGCUUACUGCAAGACCAUCAGCCAUGGCCUCCGAGCUCAGCUCUCCAGCUGCAGUCAUGACUGCCCUCCCGCACUUCAGUGGCCUCAAGGUCCAGCCAUCGAUGGUGAUGCUGCCGCAGCUAAGGUAGCGAGGGGGGAGGGGAGCUUUGGGCGCUCGCUGAGACUUCAUCGGCCCGCCGACGAACAUCAUAAUGGUGACGAGCACCAGCUUGAUGUUGUUCGCGGGGAGGUUCGGGUUGGCUCCGUCGGCGAACAGGAAGACCACGGCGGGGCUAAGGCUGGAGGUCCGCGACUAUGAGGAAGACGACAUGGUACCCAACACAGCAUGCAUACACAUGCUUUUGCUUCUUCUCAUGGACGGUGCUGUACAUUAAAUGUAACGUUGGAUUAAUCUUUAAUGGAAUCAUCUCAGAUAUAAAUGCUUAGAAAAAUUGCACAUAUUUAUUUCUCUCGCAGACUAACCAUCUUUUUUUUCGUAUUGGCCCUUUUUAAGUUUCAGUUUAACAUAUAUAUCUUUAACGGAGAGAAAAAAUAAUGAAACCCCCCGAACGGCCCACGUCGCCCAAUAUAAAUCCAGAUCGUUGAUCCCGUGAUCAACGGCGGCCUGCGCUGAAUGCUCGUUACGCAAGCCGUGACGCAAGUCUCGGGCGAGCAGUCGUUGACCCACUCUUCCCACGGUGCCCGCCAAAUCCGAAAACGAAGUUGUGACACUGGGACCCACGGGACGGCCACAAUGUUUUGGUCCGGUCACGUAGCUGGUGCGGGACGGCCAACGAUACCGCCCAACAAAUGUUGCAAAACAGCGAGGAAGAAAAAUGUUGCGGUAAUUACGGAAGCGGUGACCUCACAUGGCGGUGACCGGUUCGAUGCUGGUCAGGCAUAAAGCACCCUGGUCCGACGGCGAAGAAGCAUAGUGAGAGAGAGAUCGAUCUGGAUGGCGGAAGGGGAGAACAAAGGGCUGGUGCUGCUGGACUUCUGGGUGAGCCCGUUCGGGCAGCGCUGCCGGAUCGCACUGGCGGAGAAGGGGGUGGAGUACGAGUACCGCGAGGAGAACCUGAGGGACAAGAGCCCGCUGUUGCUCAAGUCCAACCCCGUGCACAAGAAGAUCCCCGUCCUCAUCGACCACGGCAUGCCGGUGUGCGAGUCCCUCAACAUUGUCCAGUACAUCGAUGAGAAAUGGCCCGACCGCGCGCCGCUGCUGCCCGCGGACCCCUACGCCCGCGCCCAAGCCCGCUUCUGGGCCGACCUCGUCGAGAAGAAGAUGUACGAAUCUGGAACGAAGCUGUGGAAGCUCAAGGGAGAGGCCCAGGAGGAGGCCAAGAAGGAGUUCAUCGAGAUCUUAAAGCUCCUGGAGGGCGAGCUGGGGGACAAGAAGUACUUCGGCGGCGAGACCUUCGGCUUGGUCGACAUCGCGCUCGUCCCCUUCACGGCCUGGUUCUACAGCUACGAGGCCUGCGCCAACUUGAGCACCGAGAAGGAGACCCCCAAGUUGGUGCCUUGGGCCAAGCGAUGCAGGGAGAGGGAGAGCGUCUCCAAGUCUCUUCCGGACCCCCUCAAGGUCUACGAGUUUGUGUGCUUCCUGAAGAAGGUAUAUGGAAUCGAGUAAGGUAUGGCCUUAGUUGCAGCAACUGUUAGUCUACUGUGUUUGAACUAUGCAGGAUGGAUGUGACAGUGUCGUUAUGCUAUCUGUUUUCUCCACGAAUCUUCUUGAAUAAUUACAAAGACCGCAUCUCGCCGCUUUGUUGCGA